AAAUACGAGCGGCACCUGAAGGCAGCGUCCUCACCAGCCUGCUGUCGGACAGAAGCAACAAGCUUCACUGGACAAAACGCCCACUGCUGCAUUGCUGUGCACUUUGAAUCUGACGGGAAUAACAACACAACAAGGAGGACUUUUCCGCACUAAACGACGGCCUGAUUUGAAUUGGAGGAAGGAAGAUGACGGCAGGUUAUAAAGAUGACAAGGAAGGCUGGCGGAUCGUGUGUCUCAAGUACCUACUCUUUGUCUUCAACUUUCUCUUCUGGAUGGUUGGAGCAGCGGUCUUGGGUGUUGGAGUAUGGACACUGGUUGAGAAGAGUGACUACUUGAGUCUGCUGGCAUCCAGCACUUUUGCAGUCUCAGCAUACAUCCUCAUCCUGGCUGGGAGCCUGGUGGUGGUUACAGGCUUCUUGGGCUGCUGUGCCGUCAUCCGGGAGCAGAGGAACUGUCUGUCCAUGUAUUUCUUCUGCCUGUUGCUGAUCUUCUUGAUUGAACUGAUUGCUGGAGUGCUGGCUUAUGUGUAUUACCAGAAGCUGGGCGAAGAGCUGAAGCAGCAUCUGAACCAGACUAUGACAGAGAACUACGCCCAGCCAGGGAAGGAGGCCAUCACAUUAGCAGUGGACCGACUACAACAGGACUUCAAGUGCUGUGGCAGCAACAACUCCCAUGAUUGGAUCACGAGUGUUUACAUCUUAUCAAAGCCAGCAGAGAGCAGGGUGGUGCCCGACAGCUGCUGCAAAACCAUCGUUCCUCUGUGUGGCAAGAGAGACCAUCCUUCCAACAUCUACAAGGUUGAGGGUGGCUGCAUCACCAAGCUGGAGCGGUUCUUAGCCGACCACCUGUUGAUCAUUGGUGCUGUUGGCAUAGGCGUGGCCUGUCUGCAGGUUCACUCUGUAUGAAGGGAAGGUGGAAGAGGAGAGGGAGGAGGUCUAUCUGCUCCAGAUGUGUGUUGACACGCUGUCAAGUUGUUUGAUCAGGCUCUCAUCUCAGUCAAGCUGAAGCCCUGCUGAGCCUUCACCUGGGGAGAGAAGAGAUAAACCAAAGGGACUAUAAAGCCUUGGACCUCCACACGGGGAGCCAUGUGAGCGGCACCCACCUCACACUACAGAGAGCCCAACUCACAACCAGGAUUUUUUUUCCCUCCCCCCUCUCUCCCCUGGAACCUCCACUUUCAGGGGACGCUCCAGGCUCAGCGUACCCCAGCAGGAGACGCUCAUCUCUGGGCACUGGUUGGGGUGCGAGUGCCCCCCUGGUCUGGAGGCCGGCCAGCAGCAGCGCUCCAGCACCAUGGAUUACCUGUUUGGGAUUGUAGUGCUGCUGUGCGGGGCGGUGCAGGCGGGAAGAGGUGAUGAGCCCAAGCCCAAUGUACCCAGGCUAAAGCUGUCAUACAAGGAGAUGUUAGAGUCUAGUAAUCUCGUCACGUUCAACGGCUUGGCCAACAGCUCGAGCUACGACACUUUCCUAUUGGACGAGGAGAGAGGGAGACUACUGGUUGGAGCUGAGGACCACAUCUUCUCAUUCGACCUCGUCAAUAUCAACAGAGACCACAAACAGAUCGCGUGGCCUGCCACCCCCUCCAAGAGGGACGAAUGCAAGUGGGCAGGGAAAGACUUUGGGAGAGAGUGUAAUAACUUCAUCCGGGUCCUCCAACCCUACAACCAGACACACCUCUACAUCUGUGGCACAGGAGCCUUCCACCCAAUCUGUGCGUUUCUGGAAAUGGGCAAAAGGGCAGAGGAGAACAUCUUCCGGCUGCCCUCGCAUUUCGAGAACGGCCGCGGGAAAAGCCCCUACGACCCCAAAAUGCUCUCUGCAUCACUUCUGAUUGAUGGGGAGCUGUACUCUGGCACAUCUGCUGACUUCAUGGGGAGGGACUUUGCUAUUUUCCGUACCCUGGGAGAGCAACAUCCAAUCAGAACAGAGCAGCACGACUCAAGAUGGCUCAAUGAUCCCAGGUUUGUAGGAAUAAACUUGAUCCCAGAAAGCGACAACCCUGAAGACGACAAGAUCUUCCUGUUUUUCAAGGAGAACGCUAUGGAUGGGGAGCACACCGGCAAGGCGACCAUCGCCCGGAUAGGACAACUGUGUAAGAAUGACAUGGGAGGUCACAGGAGUCUAGUGAACAAGUGGACCACUUUCCUCAAGGCCCGGCUGAUGUGUUCAGUGCCUGGGGUAAACGGCAUCGAUACACACUUUGAUGAACUACAGGAUGUGUUUCUCAUGAGCUCCAAGGACCCAAAGAAUCCAGUUAUCUACGCUGUAUUCACCACAUCCAGUAACAUCUUUAAAGGUUCAGCAGUGUGUAUGUACAACAUGGCUGACAUCAGAAGGGUUUUCCUGGGUCCCUACGCCCACAGAGAUGGACCUAACUAUCAGUGGGUGCCUUUCCAAGGGAGGGUGCCAUACCCACGCCCUGGAACUUGUCCAAGUAAGACAUUCGGAGGAUUCGACUCAACCAAAGACCUCCCUGAUGAUGUAAUCACCUUCGCCAGGGGACAUCCGGCCAUGUUCAACCCGGUGCACCCAAUCGGUGGGCGUCCAAUUAUGGUGCGGACAGACGUGGACUACCAGUUCUCCCAGCUGGUGGUGGACAGGGUGGAGGCAGAGGACGGCCAGUAUGACGUCAUGUUCAUCGGGACAGAUAUGGGCACCGUGCUGAAGGUGGUGAUGAUCCCCAGAGAGAGCUGGCAUGACCUGGAGGAGGUGGUGCUGGAGGAGAUGACUGUCUUCAGGGAGCCGACUCCCAUCACUGCUAUGGAGCUGUCCACAAAGCAGCAACAGCUGUACCUUGGCUCAGCUCUGGGCGUAUCGCAGAUGUCUCUGCAUCGGUGUGAGGUGUAUGGGAAAGCUUGUGCCGAGUGCUGCCUGGCCAGAGACCCUUACUGCGCGUGGGACGGCACCGAGUGCUCGAGAUACUUCCCAACCGCCAAAAGGCGGACCAGACGGCAGGACAUCAGAAACGGAGACCCUCUCUCACAGUGCUCAGAUCUUCAGCAUCACGAGGACAUGGAUGGUUUAGGUGGCAGCAGCGUGGAGGACAGAAGCGUGUAUGGCGUGGAAAACAGCAGCAUGUUCUUGGAGUGCAGCCCCAAGUCUCAGAGAGCGCUCAUUUACUGGCAGCUGCAGAAGCCGAACGACGACCGCAAGCACGAGAUAAAACUGGAUGACCGAAUUCUCCGUACAGACCAAGGCCUGCUCAUCCGAAGUCUGGCCCAGUCAGACACAGGCAUCUACCACUGCCAAGCCGUCGAACACGGCUUCAUCCAGCCUCUGCUGCGCCUCAACCUCCAGGUCAUCCCCUCUCAAAAACUGGGCGACAUCCUCCCUGGACUUCCUGGUGCAGGAGGCGGGGUCGGCCCGUCUGCCAAGCACCGUCUGUGGUAUCGAGACUUCCUGUCUCUCCUGGACCACCCGGACCUCAACAGUGUGGAGGAGUUUUGCGAUCGAGUUUGGAAGAAGGAGCGCAAACAGAAGAAGAUGAAGCCGGCUAAUGGUCAGGGUAAAGCUGAAUCCAGUAGCGGUUCCAACGGUGCUUUAAGACCUAAAGCUCCAAAUACUCAGAGGCAACAGCAAAAUCCACCACAGAGCAAACCAUGGCUGCAGACUGGGAGUCCAACAGUGGAAGAGCCAACACGGGGCCAAAAUGCCCAGAAAGCUCAAUCAAACCUGGGUUUGCUGAGCAGCCAGGCCCCCAAGAACAACCAGAAGACACAAAAUGGUCAAAAGGGGCAGGCCAGCACGGCCGCGUCUCAGGCGGCCGCGGGGGGGCCCAGAGCGAGCAGUCAGCACACAGCCAAAUGGAGACGGAUGCAGGAAAACAAGAAGGGACGCAACAGGAGGACCCAUGAGCUGCAAAGACCCCCACGUAGCGUUUGAGGAAAAGCACAAAGAUGCAGAUUUACACACAAGCACAAAUCAACGCAUCCCUGCAUUUACACACAAGCACAUUCUAUAGUUUGUGUAUCAACUGAACAAAAAUCAGUCAAUCACACACUCAAAGGUAGAAAUAUGUGAACUUUACUCAUGUAGGAACAAUAAAGCUCAUUCUAAAAGUCAUACACAAACAGACAUAACCUGUGAAGAUAAAGGAGAGGACUAAAAACUGGAACACACUCUGUAAAUGUGUGAGGAUGUGGCCGGUUCCCUGGGAUACUGCCUGGCAGACACUUCAACCUCCUGUACAUAAGCUACUAAGACAAGACUGGGACUGAAAUGUUUAGUGAGGUGUUUGUUGGUGAGCAGAUGGACUUAAUACGCCGAGCAGACAGUUGUGGAGACAUAAACAGACACAGACGUUUAUGGGAGCAGGACCUGCUGACCUGAGCAUGAAAACUGCAAGAUAGUGUACCUGGAAUGGAUUAGAAAACUCUUCUUUUGAAGGACUGACUAAGGAGAAAAGACUUUCAAUUCAAGAGAGACAUCGCCACCUGAAAAUGCAGAAAGGGAAGGGUUGCAGAUCACCAUGUCAAAACAAAGAGAAGCAUUAUAACAUGCAGAAUCUGCAGAGAACGCUCUGCAAUGGAAGCAUUGUGCAUGUUGUCGUCAAUCAAUGUUUUAAUAAGCUAGUUAUUUUAUCGAAUUCUAGAGGCUUUUUUUUACACCCUACCUUAAAAGAUUUAAAAUGUUACAUUUUCCUUUUAUAUUUUCUUUCCUUUUCAGACCGGCGCUUCUAUUUUGGGGGCAAAAAAUUACAAGCAACACAGUAGUCUCAAUGUGCAUUAUCCCUUCUGCUCUCCAGGAUUCCGUGUAAGUUAUUUUGUUGUUGCUUUUUCUGGGAUUUAUGGAGUCUGGGCAAGAGUUCCAGUCGUCGGCUAUGCUACAGGCCAGUCUAAAAUAGACUGACACUUGUUUUGUGUACAUAUAUACGACAAACUUAACUCUCUGUGUAUAUACAGUACAUAUACAGUACAAGAACACCACUUGAUUAUUAUUUAUUGCUCAUUGUUUUGUGAAAGGGUUGCAUUUAUUUUUGAUAUUAUGGUAUCUUUGGCUCAUCAAUAUAUUGGAGAAACAAAGGCAACGGCGACUGGAGAAAUUUUGUUGGACCAAGCGGCUGAUUUAUGUCAAGGAAUCCCUUUUUGGGGAUAAAAGGUUUGACAACAAGUACAGGGGUUUGUCUUUAACUGAAUCCCACUAAUGAUAAGCACAAUUUUGUCUUUUUUGACUCUCAUAACAGAUUUCUUUGUGUUCUCCUUUCUCCCAAAUCCAUCCAACAUGUCUCUGUUCUUCCAGUAGCCGUUAUGUGUAAAAGAAUCCCCCAAACUGAAAAACAUUAGCUGUGAAUCUCUGUAAGAAAUAGUGGAGAAAAAUGUAGUCUGAAGGAGAAGACACGUUAUACUGCAUGUGAAUGCUACCUACAGUAAGUGCAUCUUUUUUUAUCGUCUCUUUACGUGUUUUGUGUAAGAGGUAAAGUUCCCUUAAAACAAGGUGUGAAUUACUUCUGUCCUUUUGCCAAAACAGCGUACUCUGGCCAAAGCUGUUUAAGAUCCAAGCUCCUUAAUGUUCGACUCAGCAAUGGUACCCCCUGUCUCCCCCGCCCACUCAAUACAAGAGUAAUGUGUCAAUGCAAUAAAAUAGAGCAGAUAGUGUUCUCAACCAAAUCUCCAAAGUUUGGUGUGUUCUGAUUCGUGUCUCUCCCUCAGAGUUAGAAAAGUGAGAGAGCUGAAAUUUACUGCUGCUGUAACACAGUUCUUUCUGGCAUGCAUUCGGUUGUCUAAAUAAACAUCUCCGUUACAAAAACA